GCUUUUACUCCCUCCUUUUCCUACAAACACACGAACGCGAGUAACACCGGCAGCUUGAACUAUUAUCACACACUGUCACCGGAGGAGGAACGUCACAUGAAGCCAUAAUAAUCCGGAAUAACGGGACAAAACAGCAGGAUCCGAGAUCAGCCAGAGGACGGUGAAUCGACUGAAAUCCAAAUCCAAAAACACACAGAAAUCUGCAAAGACUGCACUCUCCGACGCCUUAAACACACACACUGAAGAAGUACAGGGAGCCAGAUAAAUGGCUGACAAACAGAUCAGUUUGCCUGCCAAGCUAAUAAACGGCGGUGUGGCGGGACUGAUCGGCGUUACCUGCGUGUUUCCCAUCGAUCUGGCCAAAACCCGCCUUCAGAACCAGCAGAAUGGAUCGCGCCUCUAUACCAGCAUGUCAGACUGCCUUAUUAAGACCAUCCGCUCAGAAGGAUACUUCGGCAUGUACAGAGGUGCGGCGGUGAACUUAACUCUCGUCACUCCUGAAAAAGCCAUCAAGCUGGCGGCAAAUGAUUUCUUCAGAUUUCACCUCUCUAAGGACGGUGAUCUCCGACUGAGCACUUUCAUCAGGUUUCUCAGUGGGUGCGGAGCUAAAUUGCAAGUCAUCGUUACAACACCAAUGGAGAUGCUGAAGAUUCAACUGCAAGAUGCCGGAAGAAUCGCGGCCCAGAGGAAGCUCAUGCCUCAGGCUGUGACCCCCGAGGGCCCCGUGGAGUUGAAGUCCCCCACAGCUAUGCAACUCACCAGACAGUUACUGAAGGAAAAGGGCAUCGCGGGUCUUUACAAGGGCCUGGGAGCCACGCUGCUCAGGGAUGUCCCGUUUUCUAUCAUUUAUUUCCCUCUGUUUGCUAAUCUGAAUAAUCUGGGGAAGAGAGGAGUCGACGGUCCCGCUCCCUUCUAUGUCUCGUUCAUAUCGGGCUGCAUUGCAGGCAGCACAGCCGCCGUCGCCGUCAACCCUGUAGAUGUGAUAAAGACCAGGCUACAGUCGCUGACACGAGGGAGUCAAGAGGACACUUACAGCGGGGUGACUGACUGCAUCAGGAAGAUUCUACGCAAAGAAGGUCCCGCUGCUUUCCUGAAGGGGGCGUACUGUCGAGCUCUCGUCAUCGCGCCGCUCUUCGGCAUCGCUCAGGUGGUUUACUUCCUCGGCGUAGGCGAACUCAUCUUGAGCUACCUGCCCAAACGAAACAACUAACCACCCAUCCCAUCAUGCAUUGCACCAGUCGGUUUCCCGCCCCCCCCCCUCACAGGUCACCAUUACCGAAGGAUCAAAGCGUAACGUGGACCAGUCUGAUUUUAAUCGUUUGUUGUUGUGCGUUUGUGUUCAAAGCGCCGUGUAUUUUUAUCUGAAUGUGGUGGUUUUAAUACUGAGCGUAAAGUGAGAUUGUGUUUGCCAAGCUGCCUGUUUUUUUUUUGUCUCGUCCGGUAUCACGCUAAAUGAUGUUGUUUUACGGGCGUUUAAUCGUUGAGCCAUCAUCCGAUCACUGAUAUUUAAAGCGUAAAAUCAACACUUAGAAUCAUAGAGCUCUUGUUAAUUAUGUACUGAAAUAUCAACCCAACAUGAAGCUCUUUCUAAUUGUUAAUUUCCUGGAACAAGAGGACAUGUCAUGUUGAUUAGUUUGCCCUUUAUAUUAGCUGCUUCCGUCUUUCUUACGACCAAAUCUGAAUGCUUUUCCUUUGGGCUCAGAAUGACCUUGAAGAAAAGUGGAAAGACUAAAGUCCAAAGUGGGACCUGAGAGCAGCAUAUCUUUGUGCCCUAUCAAGGCUUUAUUCAGCGUGUGUUUCAAAAUGACAAGUCGGCUCUGGAGGUUAAUUCAAUUUAAUUUCUCAGAAAAGCUGAGAGAGACUGUGAAUGGAAAAUGUGAAUUAGACUUGAAAGCAUCUCUCAAAUUGACUGAAUCAAAAUGUAAAUGCCUCCAACCAGGGGCGUAGCGGCUAUUAAAACUUCUGGAAAGUUCCCAGACUUUAGGAGAUAAUCAUUAUAGAUUAUGAGAUUCGUUUUGCAUGGCCACAGCACAAAGAAAAUUAAUGUAAAUUUUUUUUUUUUGGCUGAUCUGACUCCAAUCGCUACUUUCGCUACUUGAAGCUUGAACAGCAAAAUUAGCAUUAAAUAUGGUCUUAAACUUCAUUUUAACCACAUUUGUAGGUGCUUUGAAGUUUAAUUAAUACAUUUUGGGUAUGGCAAGUAGUUUUUCUCCUCAUUUAGGACGGGACACGUAUGUAACAUCAUACCAAGUGUGCAGUAAUUAUGCAAAUGUUGAAAGUGCAAGCAGUUCUUACCAGUGUUGUUAUUGCUUACUAAUUACAACCAUUAAAAACAUUUUUGUUAUAAAGUAAA